ACAACGCGUGACGUUGAGUAGAGUGUUCCGUCAGUGUAGCGGUGCAUCAUAUGACACUGUCCGCCGAUCCUUGACUAGAGGAGAGAGCUGUCAUUGAAAUAAAUAAAUAAACAAACAGACGACAGAGAAUAACAACUAUAUCAUUUCUACUCCUUGUACCAGUCCACCCUCGCGUGGGCCACAGCGGGUAUUCUCCAUCCUCUCCUUCAACCGCCGACCGGCAUCAGACCGAAAACUCAAUCUCCGUUGUGCGGAGACAUCUCCGUGGCUUUUCCGUAGGACAGAGUCAUUUACGGGUCCUAAAGGAUACGGUGCGUCACCAUUUCCGUUUGAAGCACCGACUGCAAUUCCUCUGUAGGCGCGCUCUCGACAUUUUCUCCCAGAAUUGUCACUCUGAGCGUGCGUAUCUGUGGGAUUUAGUUUCCAUUUUCCUGAUGUACAUUCAUAACGGAAAGGGGGAAUUCAAUGAAUUUGAAUUAAACCUGGACAUCAAUCAGGCAAAGCGCUGCAGCUGAGGACAGCUUCCCGCGACGUGUCCGCGUUUGCCGUCUCGUCAUUUCUUAUUAUCGUAGGGGAGUGAGAAAAUAGAAUUGAUAGCGACUGUUGGGCGUUACGUAAUAGGGGCAUUAUCCCGGUUGCUGGACUGAACGGUAUAACGGGAGACACGCAGAGAUACACAGAUACAACCUUGCGUGGUUGACGGUACGGGGAGAAAAUGUCGGGGCAGACUCUGACGGAUCGCAUUGCCGCUGCGCAAUACCAGCUCACGGGCUCCGAAGUGGCGACGCGCGUCUGCAAAGCUACCACACACGAGGUGAUGGCGCCCAAGAAGAAGCACUUGGAUUAUCUGAUCGCAGCCACCAAUGAGACGAAUGUUAACAUCCCUCAGAUGGCGGACACGCUGUUCGAGAGAGCCACCAAUGCCAGCUGGGUGGUCGUCUUCAAAGCCCUGCUUACGACACACCACAUGUGCAUACACGGCAAUGAGAGGUUUAUCCAGUACCUCGCCUCCAGGACUUCUUUGUUCAACCUCAGCAACUUCAUUGACAAAACUGGCACCCAUGGCUAUGACAUGUCCACAUUUAUCAGGCGAUACGCCCGCUACCUGAAUGAGAAGGCCUACGCUUACCGCCAGAUGGCAUUCGACUUCACCAGAGUCAAGAAGGGCGCUGAGGGUGUUAUGAGGACUAUGACUCCUGAUAAGCUGCUGAAGGCCAUGCCAGCACUGCAGACCCAGGUGGACACUCUGCUGGAGUUUGAUGUCCACCCCAAAGAUCUGAACAAUGGAAUAAUCAAUGGUUGUUUCAUGCUGCUUUUCAAAGACCUGAUCAAGCUUUUUGCCUCUUACAAUGAUGGCAUCAUUAAUUUAUUAGAGAAAUAUUUCAAAAUGAAGAAGUCUGACUGCAAGGAGGCCCUCGAGAUCUACAAGAGGUUCCUGACCCGUGUGACCAAGAUCUCUGAGUUCAUGAAGAUUGCAGAGCAAGUUGGAGUCGACAAGAAUGACAUACCUGACAUUUCUUAUGCUCCCAGCAGCAUCUUGGAGUCUCUGGAGACACACAUGAACAGUUUGGAGGGCAAGAAAGGUGAUUCUCCAACAAAGGGCUCCCCCACCAAUAACGCUUCACCCACCUCCACUCCGGCCAAAUCUGCCACCGCUGUGCCCACCUUGGAGCCCCCACCCACCGAUGGCUCCACAGCAGCUGCUGCUGCCCCUGAAGAGCCUGUCACAGACUCUCUGCUGGACCUGGACCCUCUCGCCUUCUCUGGCCCUUCAACAGGAGCCUCCGCAGCACCCACCAACUGGGGAGACCUGCUUGGAUCGGAGAUGGGUUCCCUCUGCACCACCGACUCCCUUCAGCCCGACCCCUCCCAAGCGGUAGACUCCGCCCCCUCUCCGGCCGCAGCCAAUGCCGGCGCUGGUACGGAGGCGGCAGCUAGCAGUCUGGCUCCUCCCGCUGCCGGGGCCGCCGCCCCCAGUCCCGGCCAAUCGGAUCUCCUGGGAGAGGCAUUUGCCACCCCGGCGGCCGACCCCCCUGCUGCAGCUGAAGGUGGAGCUUCUGCGUCCACACCCACCCCUGCUGCUGACGCUGCUGCUGCUUCUGCUGCCCCAGCAGACUCAGCAGGUGGAGAUGCCCAGGCCGCAGCACCCGCUGCCCCAGCAGGAGCCGACCUGAUGGCGGCCUUUGAUGGACUGGGUGAUGUUCUUAUGCCUGCUAUGGCCCCUCAUCCAGCUGGUGCAUCACCCAUGGCUGCAUCUCCUGUGAAGCCUGACUUGGACGCCACCAUGGCUAACCUGGCCAGCAAUCUGUCCAUGGGGAACCAGAAACCGGCGGAUGGGGCAGCAGGCGGGGCCAACUGGCAAGCUCCUCAGGUAGCUCCUCCCCAGUGGGGCGGUCCCAUGGCGGGGGCGCCCGGUGCUGGAGCUCCCAUGAUGCCCGGCUCUCCCAUGAUGUUCCCCCAGCAGCCCAUGAUGAGGCCGCAGUUCCCUGCCGCUGGGAGCGGUGCACCGAUGAACCCUGCUAUGGCUCAGAGCCCCAGGAAGCCCCCACCCCCCAAAGACCCCCUGGCUGACCUCAACAUUAAGGACUUCCUAUAGAGAUCCUAUAGAACCUGUCAGUAAAGCUGAUUGGAGCCCUGCUGGUAUGGGAGUCCUGUUGAUAUGGGUGUGUGAUGUUCUCUCCCUCUCUCUGGUCACCUGUUCCUUCUCCUUCUUCUCCCCUUUUCUCUCUCCCUCUCUCUGUCUAAUGUUGUAGCACAAACAGUGGAUGUGAACCUGUAUACGUGUGAUUGUGUGUGCGUAUUUUAAUGUCAUCCUUUACUUCGGUCAGUGGAAAAUGAAUUAAAAUGAAGCGAAAAUUAAAAAAGAAAAAAAAAAAAAAAGCAAAUCAUGUUUAGCUAUGGUGCAGUCACAACAGGAGUCAGCCGCCCAGUGGACAGAGCUAGGUGGAAAUUGUCCUUAGGCUUCUUUGCGAUGGGGGUUUGGGGAUGCAGAGUGGCUUGGGAAAGUUGUUUUUUUUUUCUCUGUGGGCAAAAAAGUAAACAUGUAAACAAAUACAUAAACAAUGUUCAGUGUGUGUUAAUCUCAUAGGGCCCCCCUUCUGUUGUCGUGGUGCAGACAUUUCACUACUUUCACAAGUGUAACCUCCCUAACCACACACACACACACACACACCAACUCAACUCAACCUAGCCAGCACUUGGCUGGGAACCUACUUACACUCACAAACUAUAGUUCUCUGGGGUUCUUUGUUAGUUCCUUAAAAAAAAUCUGAAAGCUCUCCAUAGGCCUUGCUCCACGUAAAGUUCCCCUAUAAUUGGAUUUAUUUGGGUUGAACAUUUCUGAUGAGUUUCUCAUAGUCAGAAUGGAGGUCAGUGAAACUCUUCCAAAAGAGUGUGCCUGUGGUAGAACCUUCUGAAGGGUACUAAAUGAAGAACCCUAUUUUAUAUAGCACCAGCGCCAUGAGAAGAGAACUAAAAGUCCCCCCUGAUGUUUUGACGCCCAGGUUCUUUUCUGUUCUUUUUCUUCCUGUUUCUGUUGCUCCUGCCCCACCCCUUUUCCUCACCUGAAUGUGUGCUACACGUGUCGUAUGACACGCCACAUUAUGCAUUUUAGACUUUAUUUUGUUGACCAAACAAUGCAGAUAUCUUUUAGUCUUUAUUUUGAAUUUAAAUGAAAAAAGUUGUUUCAUAUAUUUUAGUUACUGCGUUCAAAAUGCUUAGCAUACAGUCUCUAGUGGAAAGAAGUGGAAAUACUGUAUCCCCAAUGUGUAUAUAUCUCUAUAUUCAGAAGACUAGUAGCCUAUUGGAUGCACCCCCAACCCUCCUCUCCUCAGCUCCGCAGUGAAAGGUGACAGUAUUCAGCGUCCGGCUGCAUCCCAAUGAUCAGCAGCAGCAUCUGCCAUAUCAGAGACUGUCAACCCUGUGACUGGAGGAUGGAAAUAUAACUGGAUGUUCAGUGUUUUGUUUCUGUAUUGAAAAAAAAAAAACUGUGGUGAAGUGUUGAGAACAGAUAACAAACAAACAAACUAAAAAAAAGAAUAAAGGGGGAAAUGUGUUCCAUGAAUGACUGCUUUUGAUUGUUUUCUUGUUAUUUUUGUUUUUGUUUUAAUUUUUUGACUUAUCUGAAUAACCUAGCUCCUGAGCCCAAGUGCAUGUGCAUACUGUUGAAAUACAAUAAAAACAGUGAUCUGAAGAGAU